AUGGCUACACAAGGAAAUUGGUCAGAAAAGCCAGUUGUGAUUGUCACCGGAGCUUCAAGGGGCAUCGGACUCGCAGUCGUCACUAUUCUGCUGGAAGAACUCGACGCACGCGUAGUUGGCAUAGUCAGAUCAACAAACUCGUCGUUGGAUCAUCUUCUCGAAAAGCAUACAGACUCCCUCGUCUUGAUCUACGGCGAUGUAACAGAACCAGAGACAUCCAAGCGAGCGGUCGCGUCAGCUCUAGAGCAAUUUGGAAGCCUCGACUCGCUCAUCCUGAAUGCCGCCGUGUUCACCCCUCAUGGCACCGUAUCUUCUAUCCCAGUGGACUCGAUUGGAUAUCAAUCCCCACACCCUUUAGAGCACCCACAAGAUACGUGGCGACAUGUCUUCGACGUCAACUGGGUCUCUCUGAAAGGCUGGCACGGGGUCGGCCCGUACUCUGCGAGCAAGGCUGCUGUGAAUUCAUUGGCAAGGACGCUUGCCAAGGAAGAAGAAAACUUGGUAGUGGUCGCUGUCCAACCGGGGGUGGUAGACACGGAUAUGCAAGGUCAAGUUCGCCGGUCAAGCGGCAUGACGCCGGAUGAUGUCCAAACCUUUCGAGACAUGCACUCCGAGGGCAAACUAGUGCAACCAUCGGACACGGGAUACGUCAUUUCAUCUCUUGCUCUCGCCGCAAACAAGGAGUUGUCUGGGCAAUACCUCAACUGGGACGGUGAAGAGUGUCAACCUUACAAGCGGUGA